GCAAAGAACUGAAGCGUACAUUUCGGCCGAGAGUUAGAAUCGCGCCGCACGCGAAUCCAAAUCUCAUGCGAAACGAAUUGCUAGUGCCAAUUUCGAAUUUUCUUUAUAUAUUUCUUCAGUCAGUUAACGAUUUCUUGAUUAAGCCAUCAACAAAAUGUAUUGCAUUGAUAAAUUUAAAAGAUGUGUGGCAUAAUGGACAACUGUUAAGUUAUUUUUUGCGCAGUUAAUCGUGAUAUUUAAAGUGCAUUUUUAUAGUGGACAAUUUUAGUGAAUUUAGUGUUUGGAUCAUCAAGUACCAAGACAAAUUUACAAGAUGUCGUGUAAUUGUCCAGUGACCCAACAAGGUCCUACCCUCGCAUCAACUUGCGGCGGCGCCCCCUUCAUGCUCUUCAUGGGUCUACUUGAAGUAUUCUUGCGCUCACAGUGUGACCUGGAAGACCCAUGCGGCCGUCCAGAUCCUACGCCACUGCUUCCUGAAUACGAUUUCAUAGUCGUAGGCGGCGGGUCCGCCGGUGCGGUGGUAGCAAGUCGCUUGUCUGAAAUCCCUGAAUGGAAUGUACUCCUUGUAGAAGCUGGUCAUGACGAACCAACAGGUGCGCAAGUACCAUCUAUGUUCUUAAAUUUUAUUGGUUCUGAAAUCGAUUGGGGUUUUCAAACGGAACCCGAAACUGGUGCGUGUAUGAAUGAAAACGAGCAGAGGUGCUACUGGCCCCGUGGAAAGGUGCUUGGAGGUACGUCUGUAAUGAACGGAAUGAUGUACAUCAGAGGCUCUAGAGCUGAUUUUGAUGGAUGGGCACAAAUGGGUAACGAUGGGUGGAGUUAUUCGGAAGUGUUGCCGUACUUCUUGAAAAGUGAGGACAACAAGCAGAUGGAUCUGGUCGACAGGGGGUAUCACGGAGUUGGUGGGUUAUUAACUAUCUCCCAGUUUCCGUACCAUCCACCGCUGUCGAAAGCUAUUUUGAAAGCUGGCGAGGAACUUGGUUAUAAAACAAGAGAUUUGAAUGGAGUCUCCCAUACCGGAUUUUCUAUUGCUCAGACCACCAAUCGCAACGGGUCUAGAAUGAGCACGGCACGUGCUUUUCUAAGACCUUUCAAAGGGCGGCGUAACCUUCACAUCUUGCUCAACUCUACUGUGGCCCGUGUUCUCAUCAAUACUACGACUAAGACCGCCUAUGGCGUUGAAGUUUUGAACAACGGCAUUAAGCAAGUUAUUUAUGCUAGCAAAGAAGUUGUUGUGAGUGGUGGUGCUGUAAAUUCCCCUCAAAUUCUAUUACUUUCUGGAGUUGGUCCAAAAGAAGAUUUACAAAAAGUUAAUGUUCAAACUGUUCAUGAUCUUCCUGGUGUAGGCAAAAAUCUACAUAAUCAUGUGGCGUACUUUUUAAACUUCAACAUCAAUGAUACCAAUUCUACCCCUCUAAACUGGGCCACAGCCAUGGAAUACCUACUUUUCAGAGAUGGUCUCAUGAGUGGUACAGGUAUUUCUGAGGUUACCGGUUUGGUCCACUCUAAAUUCUCAAAUCCUGAAGAGGAUGAUCCAGAUCUGCAGUUCUUUUUCGGCGGUUUCCUUGCCAAUUGCGCCAAAACUGGCCAGGUUGGAGAACGUGUUGACAACAAUUCUCGGUCCGUUCAAAUGAUUCCAACUGUCAUUCAUCCCAAAAGCAGAGGGUAUCUUACUCUCAAGGACAAUGACCCCCUCACGCCACCUAGAAUAUUUGCAAAGUAUCUAGACGAUCCAGAAGAUACUAAAGUUCUAGUCGAAGGAAUCAAAUUUGGAAUCAAACUGUCUGAAACAGAAGCUCUUAAACGUUAUGGUUUCAAAGUAGACCGUACUCCCGUCAAGGGCUGCAGUAAGUACGCCUUUGGUGGUGAUCGUUAUUGGCGAUGCGCCGUGAAACACGACACCGCUCCGGAGAACCACCAAGCAGGUUCGUGUAAAAUGGGUCCCGCCACCGACCCUAUGGCGGUGGUAAAUGCACAACUGCAAGUACACGGUGUGGAUAGAUUGCGGGUGAUUGACGCAUCCAUUAUGCCUCGCGUAACUUCGGGCAAUACAAACGCGCCCACUAUCAUGAUCGCCGAGAAAGGUAGCGAUAUGAUCAAGCAGAGAUGGUUAACACCGCAAGGCGGGUACUAUUACAAUGGAGGCGUACCCAUUAAUAGGGUUAGUCGACAUUGGAACAGUUUUGGAAACUGGUAGAUCAAAAAUUAAUGUUUUUGUUUAAAAUUGAACAGAAUUUAGAAAUUGUAUAAAUUUAAAGUUAAUGUUGAAAUUUUUCUACGUUCAGAGCUUAACAUAAAUAGAUAAGUAAAUAAGGUUUAUUUAUUGUAUUAACUUUUUAUACACACUCUGUAUCUUUUAUAUAUUGAAUAUUACUAGUUAAUAAACAAAUCUAAAAAACCUAAUGAAAUAAAAAAAAGAUUUCUUUUACUAUAACUAAUUUAUUAUCAUUCUCUUUACUCCGUAGUCGCGUUCACAAAUGCUUCACUUAUCUAAUAAUAAUUUUGCACAAACUUUGCGUAUAGAAUAACGCUGAUUGCUUAUUUACGUUGGUAAAUAAAUUUUAAAGAAGGUUUAAUGCUUGUGUGUCUUCUCGUGAUCCUCUACAAUGGUCUUCACCUGCGAUUCUACCUUCUUGCCGAUUUCAAUGAACUGGUUCAGGAAGUCCUCGGAGAAUUUCUUGAUGUCAUUCUGAGCGUCCUUGACCUUGGGAUCCUUCACCAAUUGGUUGACCUGAUCCGCAGCAUCCUUGAAAGCUUUGUUGAAGUUGGCCUUCAUCUCAUCAGCCUUGUUCUUCACAUCAGGAGAAAGGU